GCUGCAGAUACCUUGGCUGUGCGACAGAAGCGACGGAUCUACGAUAUCACAAAUGUCCUGGAAGGCAUUGGGUUGAUUGAGAAGAAAUCCAAGAACAGUAUUCAGUGGAAAGGGGUGGGUCCUGGCUGCAACACACGUGAAAUAGCUCACAAACUGAUCGAGCUGAAGGCAGACAUAGAGGACCUGGAGCAGCGGGAGCAGGAGCUGGAGCAGCAGAAGAUGUGGGUUCAGCAAAUGUUACAGAAGACAUGCAGAACACUGCAGUCUUUCUCCUUAACCUUGGAAACAUUAGCGUAUGUGACACAUGAAGAUAUCUGCAGAUGCUUCACAGGAGACACCCUCCUUGCGAUUCGAGCUCCAUCAGGCACACGUUUGGAGGUGCCCAUCCCUGAGGGCCUAAAUGGGCAGAAGAAAUACCAGAUCCAUCUGAAGAGCACAAAUGGUCCCAUUGAUGUUCUCUUAGUAAACAAAGAUACUUGGAGCUCUCCUCCUGUUGUACUACCUGUCCCUCCCCCUGAAGAUCUCAUUCAGUGCCAGGCAGUUGCAGCUUCAAAACCACCAAUCCCACCAGUUGCCCACUUCCAGGAGACAUCCACCGAGCCCUCUACUCCAGCAUCUACCAGCAGUCAGGAGCACAGCCCUCCUGCACAGAAUUCCACAAGCACAGAAUGCAUUGUCUCAGCGGCAGAGUCCAAGAGCAGUGAUGACUUCGAUCCCAUUGGGAAUGUCUCUGUGUCGCCCAGCCAGGUGGCUGGGUUGGACACCCAGCCGCUCCAGUCCUCUGCCUCAUUGGACAGCAGCUCCAUCCUACCCAGCCCCUCCACUGCCUUUGAGCCCAUCAAGCCCGACCCCACGGAGAUCUUGGAACUUCCCAAAGAGCUGUCAGAGAUGUUUGAUCCAACAAGAGAAUGUAUGAACUCUGACCUGCUGGAAGAACUGAUGUCAUCUGAAGUGUUUGCUCCCUUGCUCCGCCUCUCCCCUCCACCUGGAGAUCAUGACUACAUCUACAACCUGGAUGAAAGUGAAGGCGUCUGUGACCUCUUUGAUGUGCCUGUCCUCAACCUUUGA